AUGACAACUCAAGGACCCAUCGCUGCAGCUCCGAUAGCUGAGGUACCUCUCCCAGACCAAGAUGUUGCCAAGUCAACUGUCGACAUCAAGACUGGAGAGUUAGCUCACGAGAACGACUUGACCUUUGAUCCGGCAGCACUCCAAGCGAAGUAUCUCCAGGAGCGUGACCGACGUUUAGCACGAAAUGAAGGCGUAGAGCAAUACACACUCCUUGAUGGUAGCUUGGCACACUAUCUAGAAGACCCAUGGGUCGAGCCAGGAUUCAAACGUGACCCCAUCGAAGAAGAGACCGAGGUGGUGAUCAUCGGCGGCGGGUAUGGUGCUCAGGUCUGUGCUAUAAGACUAAUUGAGGCUGGUAUAAACGACUUCAAGAUUAUCGAGAAAGCAGGUGACUUUGGAGGAACAUGGUAUUGGAACAGGUAUCCUGGAGCGCAGUGCGAUAUCGAAUCCUACAUCUACAUGCCCCUGCUCGAGGAAGUCGGAUACAUGCCGACAGAGAAAUACGCGCGUGCCAAAGAGUUGCUUAAACAUUCACGCAUGAUUGGCGAGAAAUACGAUCUCUACUCGCGUGCCUUGUUCCAGACCGAAAGCAAAGAGAUGCGAUGGAACGAAGAAGAGGGGAAAUGGACAACUCACACGGCGCGAGGGGAUAAGAUAAAAUCGAGAUUUGUGAUCCCUGCUGCUGGCCCUCUUCAUCGGCCAAAAUUCCCUGGCUUGAAAGGUAUCGAAGAUUUCAGGGGCCAUUCUUUUCACUCUUCACGAUGGGACUAUGAUUAUACGGGUGGCGAUUCCUCGGGUAACUUACACAAGCUAAAAGACAAGCGCGUAGCUAUCAUCGGUACGGGUGCGACAGCCGUUCAGAUAGUGCCUCAUUUGGGAGAGUGGGCAAAGAAACUUUACGUCUUCCAGCGCACCCCUUCGUCGAUUGACGUUCGUGGCAAUCGCCCGACUGACGAGGCAUGGGUACAGUCGCUCCAGAAGGGAUGGCAGAAGAAGCGCAUGGACAAUUUCGACAACAUCGUCAAUGGUGGUUACGAAGAAGUAGAUAUGGUAUCCGAUCGUUGGACAGAUAUCAUUCGGUCCCUGUUAACCGCUGGUAUCGACCCAAACAACCCGGUGGAAGCUGCAGCCAAACGCCAGAUCGCUGAUUUCAAGAAAAUGAACGCUAUCCGCGCUCGAACGGAUGAGAUUGUGAAGAACAAGGAGACGGCCGAUGCGUUAAAGCCAUGGUACAACCAAUUCUGCAAGCGUCCCUGCUUCCAUGACGAAUACCUACCCACCUUCAAUCGCCCCAACGUCGAACUCGUCGACACCAAAGGCCAAGGCGUUGGCCGCAUUACUCCCAACGGCAUCGUGGCAAACGGGCAAGAAUACGAAAUCGAUUGUCUAGUGUACGCCACUGGCUUCGAACUCGCAAACGAAUGGUCGCACAAGACCGGCAUCGAGAUCUACGGCCGCGACAACAUAACCAUCACUGAGAAGUGGGCCGAAGGCGCCCAAACACUUCAUGCUUGGGGAACACGGAACUUCCCAAACUGCUUGUUCGUUCAGAUCGUCCAAGGAGCCCUGACACCGAACUUCAUGCACGUCACCAACGAACAAGCGAUCCACUAUGCGUACAUCAUAUCUGAAUGUAAGAAACGUGGGUUCAGGACCAUAGAGCCGACAAAGGAAGCGGAGGAGGGGUGGACACAGACGAUCGUUGAUGGAACUGCUAUUCGGGGCGAUUUUCUGAAGGAGUGCACGCCAGGUUACUACAACAAUGAGGGCAAGGCGAGCGAGAGUGCUAAGAGGAAUGCAACCUAUGGGUAUGGAAGCCCGGCCUUCAUCAAGAUCUUGACUGAGUGGAGAGAGGAGGGAGGGAUGAAGGGCGUGGAUGUUACGUACGCCAAGGAGUAG